AUGUUUGGGGUCAAAGAACAUGGGCUUUGUUCUUCCUUAGCCGCUGCUUCCACCGUCCUCUCCCUUGAGUUUCAGCAUAAACUACUGAUCUAUCUCCCUAUCACCCUCUUUUACACAGUAAGAGAAUCCUAUUUUCGUUACAUCAAUAUGUUUAGUUCAUCAGGCAUGGCGGAGGAAACUGGUAUGUUCAAGGUUCAUCAAACAAUUGGCAGUGUUUUGUGUUGCAAGUGUGGAAUUCCUAUGCAGCCAAAUGCUGCUAAUAUGUGUGUGAAGUGUUUGUGUUCGGAAGUUGAUAUAACAGAAGGGUUACUGAAGCGGCUAGUGCUGGUACAUUGUCCUGAGUGUGAGAGCUACUUGCAGCCACCAAGAAGUUGGGUCAAGCUACAGCUAGAAUCAAAAGAGCUGCUGACAUUUUGUUUGAAGAAAUUGCAUAAGAAUUUGAAUUCAAGUAAAGCGAGGUUGAUACAUGCCGAGUUUAUUUGGACUGAACCCCAUUCAAGGAGGAUAAAAGUCAAGGUCAAGGUUCAGAAGGAGGUUAUCAACGGAGCAAUUCUUGAACAGUCUUAUACUGUGGAGUAUGUUCAACAAGAGCAUAUGUGUGAAUCCUGUUCUAGGGUCCAGGCUAAUCCUGACCAGUGGGUUGCUGCUGUGCAACUCAGGCAACAUGUUUCUCACAGGCGUACUUUCUUUUAUUUAGAGCAGCUAAUUCUGAAGCACGGAGCUGCUGCUAGUGCUAUAAGAAUCAAGCAGAUGGAACAAGGUAUUGACUUCUUUUUCUCCAAUAGAAGUCACGGAGUUAAAUUUGUGGAGUUUAUAGGGAAAGUUGCUCCUGUAAGGAGUCGUAGUGAUAAGCAGCUAGUUUCCCAUGAUCCUAAGAGUAAUAACUACAACUACAAAUAUACAUUUUCUGUUGAAAUCAGCCCCAUUUGUCGUGAGGAUAUAAUCUGUCUGCCUCCAAAAGUUGCUGUUAGUUUGGGAAAUAUUGGUCCUAUUGUGAUUUGCACCAAGGUUACCAACAGCAUUGCUCUGCUUGAUCCAUUUACCCUGAGGCACUGUUUCUUAGAUGCUGAUCAGUACUGGAGAACAUCCUUCAAGUCGUUACUUACUAGCCGACAGUUGGUGGAAUAUAUAGUGCUGGAUGUGGAGGUUGUUUCGUCUGAGGUUACUAUUGGUGGCACAAAAUAUCAUUUAGCAGAUGCUCAAGUUGCUCGUGUGUCAGAUUUUGGUAAGAACGACACAAUAUUUAGUAUCAGGACUCAUCUGGGCCAUCUUUUAAAUCCUGGUGAUUAUGCUCUUGGUUAUGAUCUAUACGGGGCUAAUAGUAAUGACAUGGAGUUGGACAAGUACAAAGGGCACAUUCCUGAAGCAAUUUUAAUAAAGAAAAGUUAUGAAGAGAAACGCCAAAAGAAACGUGGGAAGCCUCGUUCAUGGAAGCUUAAAUCACUUGAAAUGGAGGUUGAUGAUAGGAGAGUUGAUCAAGACAAAAUGGUCUCAGAAUAUGAACAGUUCUUGAAAGAUCUGGAAGAAAACCCUGACAUGAGGUUCAACAUAUCAUUAUACCGAAACAAGGAGUACCAGCCAUCAGAGAUGGCAUCGGUGACUGAUGGUGAUGAGCUACCCUCUGUUCCCUUGGAUGAAUUGUUGGCUGAUCUUGAUCUGAGUGAAGCUGAAGAUGAAGAGGAUAACAUGACAGAAUGA